GCUCCCAGCCGCUGUAGCAGACACGUUGCUGUGAGAACUACAUGAGUCUACCCACCUCGGUGAGGAAAGGAUGAUGGCUGCCUUACAACCCCAUUUCGUCAGCCAGGGAUAAGCCCAAAAGGCCCAGGACAUGGUACUGUUCCACUAGUGACGGCUGGCUCCAUCACGAGUGGCGCCCGAACAGGGACCUGAGAAUUGAGGACAAGGUGAAGGACGCCACUGGAUUGUGAGCUCGGACAAGUAAGUACGGAGCGGUGAUAUAAAUUAUGGGGACUACUAGUAGUCGGAUGCUGUUCACUCAGAUAUUUAAAAAGAUGCUCUGUAAUCGGGGAGCUAAGGUUGGGCAACAGCAACUGUGUCACUUUUUGGAAUUUGUAGAGAAUGUCUGCCCAUGGUUCCCCGAAGAGGGAUCAGUUGAUUUGGAACUUUGGACUAAAGUAGGAAAACAGUUACAAGAUUACUCUAGGUUAGAAAAGACAUUGGAGUUUCUUUGCCAGCAGUGGCAGACAGGCAUAAAGGUGGAAGAGGAGAGCCAGAAGGCUCAGGGCGAGGGACGAAUAAUUCCUAGUAUAAUUGCUGGUCUUGAUCCCCUGCCGGUUGCAGCUCCAAGAUUAAUAAAAAAAAACAAACCAGAAAACCCCCCCAAAACUGAGUGCCCUCCUUCAGCCCCCCCUCUUGUAGAAGGUUUAGAUGAACCCCUCGACCCCUCCGAUGCCAUGGAUCUGGAGGAGGAGGCGACUGAGUAUAGUAAUGAGAAAUGGCCUCCUUUCUCUCUGAUAGCUCUUACCGAAAAAAUGAAAGUGAAAGAUAAAAAGGAUAAAUCUGAAAAUACACAUCCUUCAAAUCCUUUAGAUAUGUUAUGGUUUAAUUGGAAAUGGAAACAAAAGGAACAAGCACUGCUGAAGGAACGGCCACUUCGGCCCAGCAUCCUGGCAGGGCUCGACCCUUUUCCUGAGGUUGCCCGCCCCGAUCUUCAGCUAGAUUCCCCUCCUGUCCCACGACUCUCAUCCCCAGCGCCCCGCCCUCUCUCGGCCCUGCAGGCUACUUUACAGGCGGCCGCAGAGAGAGGGGAGGAUCUGGCUGGGUUCCAAAGGGUCUGUCCUGUUUUUAAGGAACCAGAUCAACAAGGGCAAAUGCCCAUGAUAUGGAAAUUUAUGGUUGCCAUGGGGGGAAUAAAAAGGAUUGGUGUGGGGCCAGACUCUGGGUUGGAGGGAAACAUCACAGCUUGUGUGCCCCAGCCCUACUUACUGUUAUUGGGAGGUUUUGAGAUUGAUUAUGAAAGUGGAACUCAUCAAUUGAAUGUAACGUGA